GGACCGUAGCAAAGCACAUCUGAGAACAUGUCCAGCUCGAGCUAUGGAAGGCAACGCCGGAGAGGUCUGCUUCUCCUUGCGCUGAGCUUGGGACUGUGGCAGAACCUUUUCGUAGAUCCCCGUGGCCCGGCAAGUGGAAGGCGCGGAGAACUCAGAGCUGCAGCGCAAGAGGCCGUAAUUGAGGACGAGAAGGAUCAGAAGUACUUGGACCAACUCGAUGAUGACGAAGAGGGUCAGAAGGAGGAGCCGCUCGGCUCGCCGCGGCUCUUUUCGCUGGCGGAGCAGUGGGGCUUGUUGGGGCUCCUGGUCGGCCUUGCAGUGGCAAUUUCGGGCAUCGGCCCACAGCUCAUGGACUCCGCCGUCCUCGACUUCCUGGCUUUCACAGACGCCCUCGGGCAGGCCGCAGCACAGGUAGCCGCAGGCGGCAACAUAGGGGACAUGCUCGGCAUAUCCGAACCGGAGACUUUGAGCGGGGCAGCUGAGAUGGCAGGUGCCGCGCCUGAGGUCGCUGCCGCUGGGCUCGCUGCAGCGACUGGAGCAGCGGGUGGGAAAGCGGUUCAGGCGGCUGCCGCUGCGGCUGGUGAGGCCCUGGGUGUGUCCGCCCUAGAACCGGUGGCCGCUGUGGUGCAAGCGGGUCUGUUUGGCGCCCUUGGCAGCUUGGCGGGAAUCGUGGUGCAAGGCGUCAAGGAACCGACCAAGACGACGUCCGAGGAAGGCCGCCCGAGCUUCUUCGUGCCCUCGGCCACCUUCCCGAAGGAGGAAAAAGAGUCGGAGGGUGUGCGGCCCAUGCCUGGCUGGGAGCUGGCGAUGAGCAACUUCAAGAGGGAGUGGAGGAUGCUGCUCCGAGCCGCGCGUUUCCGGGGCUCUGCGCUGCGCCGCACACCCCGGUACGUGGACGACCUGGUGCUCAGCAACCAGGCCGUGCUGGACAGGGAGUAUGCUCGCCCUCAAGUUCCCACGCCGCCACCCGUGCGAGUUGCCUACGAUGUCCUAUGUUGGUUCAUAGAUGUCGUCUUUGAGGACCGUCCAAUCCAAAGGUUUUGGUUUCUGGAGACCGUCGCCAGAAUGCCCUACUUCGCCUACUCGUCAGUCCUCCAUCUCUAUGAGACCUUUGGAUGGUGGCGCUCGCCAGAGCUGCGAGCCGUCCAUGCGGCGGAGGAGGACAAUGAGCUGCACCACCUCUUGAUCAUGGAAUCCCUAGGUGGUGACCAGCGAUGGUUGGACAGGUUCUUCGCUCAGCAUGGGGCUGUAGCGUACUACUGGUUGCUGGUGCUGUUUUUCUUAGUGGACCCAAAGUGGUCCUACAAUUUCAGCCGCCUCAUCGAGGCCCAUGCAGUGGAUACAUACGGAGAGUUUGUGGAUGCCAACGCAGAGCGGCUGAGGAAGAUUCCUCCACCUCCCAUUGCGGUGGAGUACUACCUGAAGGACGAGAAUUACCUCUUUGACAAGAUGCAGACCAGCGUUCCAGCUGGCUUCAAGCGUCGGCCGCCCUGCGCAACUCUCUACGAUGUGUUUUCCAACAUCUGCGAUGAUGAGGAGGAGCACGUGCGGACCAUGACGGCAUGUGAGGAGUGGAGCCGGGGCGGCAAGCCGCCAGUGGACGUGGGCAUUAACUUCAACAGCAAGCUCUCCAAAGCCGAAUACGUGGAGAAGGUCACCCAGACGGCUGCCGGCCGUGCAGCUUGGGUGGCCUGGGGCGAAGAGGUUGCAAGACAUGCUGAAGCUGGUCGCGGUCAAGUUUGAGCCUCAAAGGCGCAUUCGGAGACGUGAAUCAAAUGCACAGGAAGCGGCGCUUCUUUUCCAGCUGCGCCGCGCCAGUUUUCCCAUCGAUUAGCGAACAGGUUGCAACGACAGGCUGUGCCAUAAAGAGUUGGCCUUGGCCGACCCUCGACACACCUGCACCCAGAGCUACAAGCUGGGGGCAAAGGUGACUGCGACUUGAGUUGGCAAACAGCAAAGGGUGUCCCACAAGACGGUGCCUUCUUUUGUCGUGCAUGGCCGGCAUGACCUUCUGACGAGUGCUUC